UGCAUGACCUUGUGCACGAUUUUGCAAAAUCAAUUUUGAAUCGUAGCAGCAGCAAUCAGGACCGUUACCUUGCCGUAUACUCAUCUGAAAGAAUGGUGGAAAUCAUCAAUGAAAAAAAAUCAGCAUCACUUCGCACAUUAUUUCUGAAGGGUGGCAUAGCUGAUGAUAUGUUAUCAAAGUUCAAAUACUUGCAUGUCCUAAAAUUGUUUGGAGCAGAUGCCAAAGAGUUGCCGACCUCCAUUGGCAAACUAAUCCAUUUACACUUACUUGACAUUUCAGAGUCUAGUAUCAGAACUUUGCCAGAAUCUCUUUGCAAACUUUAUAGUUUGCAAACACUGAGAAUUGGCAAGCUUGAAGAAGGUUUUCCAGAGAAGAUGAGCAAUUUGAUUAGCAUGAGACAUCUUCACUAUGAUGAUGAUGAUACAGGACGCGAAAUCCAAAUGCCAUCCGGGAUUGGACGAUGGACUUGUCUUCAAACGUUAGAGUUCUUUAACAUAGGUCGUCAAGAGGAAGGUCAUGGUAUCCAAGAGCUUGGAACCUUGCAAGAUCUUAAAGGCUCCUUGGAGAUCAGAAAUCUUGAAUUAGUAAAUGGCAAAGAUGAUGCUGAACUAGCAAACCUAUCUAAAAAGCCAAAUCUGCAUCGGUUGGUAUUUGAGUGGGGCGAUAGGGAUGAGGAAAGUGAUAAUUGUGAUGAAGAUGUGUUGGAAGGCCUCCAACCUCACCCAAAUUUAAAAGAGUUGCAUAUCCGGAAUUUUAGGGGAGAUCAGAUUCCACAGUGGCUUGUGAACUCAUCAACAUUAGUGGAAUUGCACUUAGUAAAUUGCAGAGAACUCCCCACCCUAGGACAGCUGUCAUCCCUCCAACAUCUAUAUCUGACUGGAUUGGAAAACAUAAGAAGCAUUGGGCUUUCAUUCUACAGUACAAGUGCUGAGGAGGACGGCGGAUCAGGAGGUUCAAGCACUACUAUUAGCAGACAAACAUUCUUUCCAGCCCUUAAAUUUCUCUCUCUUGAAAGCAUGAAAAAUUUGGAAGAGUGGAAGGACGCACACGAAGUGAUGGAUGUGUUUCCCGUGCUGGAAAAGUUGUCUAUUAGUGAUUGCCCCCAGCUGACCACCAUCCCAACUCCAAGUCGUUUCCCAAGUCUUGAUGUAUUAGAAAUCACAGAGAAUUGCCACGUUUUGCUGGCGGAAAAGGUUUUGAGCAAUAUAACCACACUCUCUUUCCUUCACUUAAGGGGUAAUCAACGCGUCGAGUCUCUAAAAUUAGUGAGACGACCAGAGAGCAGCUUGAGGAUUGGUGGCUAUGACAGUCUACCCACUGACACGCUUGAGCGACUAUGUCUUUUUCCAACUCUUCAGCGUGUAGAAUUGAUGGGUGCCGAUAAUAUAACAACAUUAAGAGGAAUGAGUUGCGCCGCUUGUCUUAAGAGAUUGGAGAUAGACCGUUGCAAGAAUUUACGGGAGUUGCCAGAAGAUCUCUAUCAAUUUCAAGCUUUAGAGCACUUGGCGAUAUACGGUUGCCCGAGAAUUGAUUCAUUUGGAUAUCCAAAUCCUAAAAAUUCACUUGGACAGAAAAGCCUCCUUAAGUCUCUUGAGCGAUUUACUGUCUGGGGGUGCGAUGAGUUAACAAGAUUACCAGUGGAGAUGUUCGAGUCGUGUACGUCUCUUCGAGAGCUGAAUUUGUUCGAUUGCCGCAGUCUGGUCUCCUUUCCCCUUGAUUUGCGACAAACCCCUUCUCUCGAGAGCUUCUCGUUAUGGAGGUGUCCCAACUUGAUUGCUGAGAUGCCUAGUGGAUUUGGCUACCUUACCAGCUUAAGGAAAGUGGAGAUUGGUCCCUUCUCAUCUGCAAGCGAAUUUGAUUGGGCUGGAUUAGCAUCUUCAUCAUCACUCCGACGCGUGUCUUUGCAUGGAAUGCCUGACACGAAAUCUCUGCCACAUCAGCUUCAAGACUUGACUACCAUCACAUCACUAUCUCUAAGUGGCUUCAGAGCAAUCGAAGCCUUACCAGGUUGGCUUGGGAACCUUGCGCCUCUUGAAGAGCUGAUCCUGUCGAGUUGCCCAAAGCUUGAAUAUUUACCCUUCGUAGAUGCCAUGGAACGCCUCAAAUUAAGACGUCUGGAAAUUCUUUUUUGUCCUCUAUUAGCCCGAAGAUGCACUCGUCAAAGCGGCUCCGAGUGGCCCAAGAUCUCUAAUAUUCCAGAGCUUAAAAUUGGUAUUCAGUAUUUGUGCUAACAGUUAGUCAUUCCAGGAAGCAGUGGCUUCCCAGCAAAAAUGUAAUGGAUGGUGAUGUGGUAGGCAAUUGUUCACUUAAGGAGUGAUGAUCAGUCUUCUAGAAAGCAAUGUGCGACGGAGUAAAUGAAGAGGUUUCUUCUAAUUUGAUUUGCUUCAGACAGAGGAAAGCAUAUCAAGGAACCAAUUUGCUGCUGAGACUAGUAGCCAAUUUGGUUGAUCUUGGUUCCAUUCCAUUAUAAGCUCUCUGGAUUCCUCUACUUGUCAAUCGCGUGAACAUAGAUCUCAUAUCAUUGGAAGCAUUGAAAGUGAGAGGAUGGAGAAGGCAAGAGCAUUGGAAGCUAGUUGUUGGAUUGUAGGCGUGAAAAGGUCCUUCAAUUCACAUUUCCAUUAUUUGUUACUAUACUAAAGUUUUGCUCUAUAUAUAGUCCUGUAUCCCAAAACUUCAGUUUAACUAUACUAAAAGUGUCCUACACAUGGCUGGCUAGAAUGCAUGUAUUAGUCUAGCUUGGCUUACAGACAGAAAGAGCAUUGC